AUGUCUGCUCCCGCAAGAAGCGCCGCCCUCAAGAUCGAGUGGGCCAAGAUCACCUCCUCCCUCGGCCUAAAGGGUCAGACCGUCGCCUCCCUCCAGGCCUUCAAGAAGCGUAACGAGGAGGCCCGCCGCAAGGUCGUCGUUCUCAGUGCCCUGCCCCAGGAGUUGGAUAUCAACCACUACCGCGCUAUCCUCAAGAACCAGGCCAUCGUUGACGAGAUUGAGAGGGCCUACAAGACUUUCAAGCCCGUCACCGUCGAUAUCGCCAAGCAGUUGAAGACCAUCGAGGCUUUCGAGGCCCAGGCUAUCCAGAAUGCCCAGGCCACCAAGGGCAAGGUUGAUGCGGAGCUUAUGGAUUUGCAGAAGACCUUGAAGAACAUUGAGGAGGCCAGGCCAUUUGAGGACUUGACUGUGGACGACAUUGCCAAGGCUCGCCCCGACAUCGAUGCUCGCACCGAACAGAUGGUUUCCAAGGGCCGAUGGAUGGUGCCUGGUUACAGGGAGAAAUUCGGAGACCUUGCUCUCAUGUAA